GAAAAAAUGGGUUGUGCCACUACGACAGUAAAAAUUUCUUCAAUCGUUUUCAACAUAAUUCUGGCGCUCUUUGCCCUUGGAUCGAUUAUUGCGAUUUCAUUCAAUCCCGAUUCUAUGCGUGAAGAUAUAGCAAUCGGUGCCUACAUUGCAUGUUCGCUGAUUGUUUUCUUUGCCUUUUUGGGAUGUUUUGCAGCCAUACGUGAGUCUGUUUGCUUGACAGCAACUUGUGCAGUUUUCCUAUUGGUACUGGCAGCCGUACAAAUUGCAUUAACUUCGGUGGGAAUGACUGAUACAGGAGUACGCAGUGCUGUGGACACUGUCAACAAGGCUUGGGAAUCGGAUGCCAUGGAUGUGAUUCAACGUGAACACGAAUGUUGCGGCAAAGUCAGUCCAAAUGAUUAUGUCACUCUCAAUAAAGCGAUACCCAUCAGUUGUUAUAUCGAUGAAGAUGCCUCCAAGGCCAGCAAUCUAUUCUACGAAGGCUGCAAGGAUAAAUUACAAAGACACUAUGAAAAUGAGGCAUAUAUAUUUACAGUUGUUUCAUGGUCUCUGGUGGCGUUUGUGAUCAUAGGUUUUCUGUUGGCAGUAUUUUUGGCCAUCAGUUUCCGCAAUACUCAAAGGCGCAUGCAGUUCUAAGAAUUCCAAUAGACUUUUGUUUUUUAUAAUUAUCUACCUAUCGACUAACUUUAGAAAGUACAAAUUUAUAAUAAAUUUGGCAUCUCAUACUCUCACAUCUACUGUAAACU